AACAAUUUAAUAUUUAAUUCUUUAUUUAUUAUUAUAUUUGUUCAGUAUGGAAUUUGCAUAGACCUGGACAAAAUUUGCAUUUGUUUCUCUUUUCUCAGUUACAAACUUUUUGUGUACAGGAGAUGGUAAAGCACUGAAGAUGAAAUUAAAAAACAACUCAAAACCUGUGAUGAAUUCAGUGAAUCUAAGUAACAAAAUAGAAAUAAAGGACAAUAAAGAAAAGGAGAAGGAAAUAUUUGGCAAUAAAAUCCAUCCUCAAAAAGAAGAGGACACAAUUAGUAAUAAGUCUAUUAAUGGUAUUAAAAAUAAUAAAGAAAAAGGAUCCAUCAUUGAACAGCCGUCCAAGGAAAAUAGCUAUGGUUCUAUUAAUGCCAGUUCAGAAGAAGAAAAAAAGGAUGCCAGCAAAGAAGAUUUAGAAAUGAAACGUGAUUUAUCAAAUAACUUUAGUGAUGAACAAAAUCCUGAUGUUGAAGAUAUUGAUACGGAUAAAAUGGAAACAACAACUGCAGAUGUCAUUAUUUCUGAAUACCCACCAGACUGUUGUCCUGAUUGUUGUUAUGUUCGAUAUCCAGCAUGUUUAGGCAAUGAUGAAAAUAAAUAUUGGGUAAUUUGGAAGGAAUCAAGAACAAAAUGUUUUCGUUUAGUUGAAAACAAAUAUUUUGAAACAAUUGUAAUAUCAAUGAUUCUUGUCAGCAGUUUAGCUUUGGCUUUAGAAGAUGUUAAUUUGAAACACAGACCAAUCCUAAAAGAUAUAUUGACUUAUAUGGAUAAAGUUUUUACUGUAAUAUUUUUCUUUGAAAUGUUAAUUAAAUGGUUAGCGUUUGGCUUCAAACAAUAUUUUACUAAUGCAUGGUGUUGGCUGGAUUUUGUUAUUGUACUGGUAUCAGUGGUCAAUCUCACAGCUACAUUAGUAGGGGGUGGAAACAUUCAAGCCUUCAAGACAAUGCGUACUCUUCGUGCUCUUCGUCCUUUAAGAGCUCUAUCACGCUUCCAAGGAAUGAGGGUUGUUGUAAAUGCACUUGUACAAGCUAUCCCUGCCAUCUUUAAUGUGUUAUUAGUGUGCCUCAUCUUUUGGUUAAUUUUUGCAAUUAUGGGUGUACAGUUAUUUAAUGGAAAAUUUCAUAAAUGUGUGGAUGAGGAGGGUGAAAAACUCAAUUGGACCUUUAUACCAACAAAGGAUGCAUGUGUAGAAAGAAAUUAUACUUGGUUUAAUCCUCUCAUCAAUUUUGAUAAUGUAUUAAAUGCUUACUUAGCACUUUUUCAAGUAGUAAGUAUGAAUUUCUUAAUUUGUUAUAUUUAAAAACAUUUAACAUAUAUAAAAACAUGUUAUUGAAUUAUGUAUUUUUUUAUUAAUUAUU